AUGGCAAACGAUCCUCAUACUAACCGUGGUAGUCAAGAACAAGUUGAAAGUAAUGCAAAUCCUGUAGCUGAUAAAGGCGAUGUUGCUAAAGAAGAGGAGGCUACUAAAGAAGAAUUAUCCAGAGAAAGUAGUGAAACUAAUAUUGAUAUAAGCAAAUCAACACUUACACUUAGAGCUUUGGUAUCUACUAAAGAAGCUGGUGUUAUUAUUGGUAAAGCUGGUAAAAAUGUUGCUGAACUUAGGGAAGUAACUGGAGUAAAAGCUGGUGUAACAAAAGUUGUUCAAGGCGUUCAAGACAGAGUAUUGUCUGUUGUAGGUACACUUGAAGGUAAUCCUGUCAAUGCUAGUCCUAAUUCUACACCUAUCACGCCACCACCUAAUGCUUACACUUCUGUCCGUCUGCUUAUAUCCCAUAAUUUAAUGGGUACUAUUAUUGGUAGACAAGGUCUUAAGAUUAAACAUAUUCAAGAUGUCUCCAGUGCUAGAAUGGUAGCAUCAAAAGAAAUGUUACCACAAAGCACAGAAAGAGUUGUUGAAGUUCAAGGAACGGUUGAAGCCAUACGUUUAGCAGUUUGGGAAAUUGGUAGAUGCCUUAUUGAAGAUAAUGAACGUGGUAUUGGAACUGUAUUAUAUAAUCCUGCCAUUAGGGUCACCUCAACUUAUCCCCCAAUCCGUAGAAAUGAUUACACCACUCGCACAGGAAAUGGGACCGAUUUCACUCGUUGUAUUAUUGGUAAAGGAGGUUCUAAAAUAUCUGAGAUUCGUAGACUUUCAGGUUCUCGUAUUAGUAUUGCUAAAACUCCACAUGAUGAGACCGGGGAACGUAUGUUUACGAUCCAAGGAAGUGCCGAAUCUAAUGAGAAGGCUCUCUUUUUAUUAUACAACCAAUUGGAAAACGAAAAGGAACGUAGAUUAAAUGCUGCCAUUAAUGGUGGCGAUUCAGAUGCUUAA